AAAAAAACAAAAAACAAACAAACAACAAAACAAAACCAAUAUUGCAGCUGAAGUAAACAUAUAGCCGCAGACUUUUGAACAGUUUUGAGAUUCUCUGGUGUAUUCUCACCCACGAGAAAGUUAUUGCUUUGUCUGGAAAAAAACCCCAAAGCCAUAAAGAUGGCAGCAUAAAGGUCAGAGUUGUUGAAAGGUGUUUGUGUGGUGAAUGUGUGAAUAGAGAAGAGGAAGGACAAUUGUUAAUGAUGCAUCCGCGUGGCAAUCUGACAAAAUACUGAAACAGUGCACCGUGUGCAAGUGCGAGCGCUCUUCUCCUCUCAUUCCCUUUGUUUUGUUUUUGUUUUGCAGAAUAGGGUUUGUGUGGCAAGAGAGCCGAGGCCCACAGAGAGCCGUGGCCCACUCCAUCCAGUCCGCCAGUCCUGCCUGCGCACCUCCCGAGAGUGAUGGCUGCUUGCGCCCAAGGUAGAAAGCCGAGAGAGGGGAGGAAAGCCUAGCUGGUGCAGGUCACUGUUUUAUUGAUACAGCACACACAUCGGUGGCAGACGAGCCCAGCGAGGUGACCGCUCAAGGGAACUAACAUCGACACUCUGUCGACGGCUUUUGAUCCACUGAUAACACCGACGGAGGGGCGCGCGGAGCCGCAGCAAGCGUUGGGUUCAUCCUCCGGAAACUGGGGGCUGGAGGGGAUGCGAGUCGCAUCUUUAUACGCAGCGGCAGUCACUCACAGCUCAAUCAAGUGCCAACUCAAAGACCAACUUCCUGGGGCCAAGAUCGGUGUGUAGCUGGUUUUGCUGGUGAGAACUUUCCCGUCUUUUUUCUGAGAUGAAUGUUUCCAGAUAAGCUGCCAAUGCCAAACUGGAAAUGGUCUGGAUUUCUAACGUGUGAUCGAAGUUCAGUGACGGACACCUGGCAGAAGAAUUUAUUUUAAAGUUCAAAGAAAGGUUUACCCAUGCUUAUCAAAACCUGCGUUUCGGACUCAAAAGACUUCACCACAAGACUGCUGCCAGACGAGAGUGUCGUCUGCAAUUCCAGUUGACAGAGCGCAUGACUGCUCGUGCAGCAGUUGUUGUGAUGAUGGAGAGGUACUGUUCAUGGGCGAGUCAGAGGUCGUGUGUGGAGUAAACGUGAUGCUGCUUAAUAUGUUAGCGUGAGGGGAACUCACUGUCUGCUGGCAGUCACCUUUCCGCCAUUAUCUGGGCAGUCAUCAGCGGUUGGACUUUUUUCUUUUUUCUUUGUUUGUUUUUUGUUGUUGAUGCCAUCAAGGACCUCGUGGCGAAUAAAACAAAGAUUCGAGCUUUCGGUUGGCUGUAAGAGGAAGGUGACGAUGAAAAGGCUGAUUGCGCAACUUCUGCGUUGCUUUCCGAAAAAUGUUUAGUCGCCGGCCAGACAACCUGGGAAAACCUUCCAUAUCACUCUCAACAUUCGUCCUUGGAAGAACAACAGAGACGUUACAGUCAAUCACACAUUGACAGCAACAUUGACAGGAGUAAACUACAGGGCAGCUCAUCACCUAAAGUUCAAGUCAGUAACGAGAAGAGUUCUGUGAGAACUACUAAAGUGUCAUCAUGUCUGCCAGGACGGGACGAGCGAAGACCUCGGCCAUGUUGAUGGUCUUUGUCACCUUGGCUUUGUCACCUGCUGUGACCAGCAGGUGCUCGAAGACCCCGAACGGCAAGCCGUACUCUCUGACCAUCGGUCUGUUGACGGAGACCACAACUUCCAACUUCACUAUUCAGCGAAUCAUCCAGGAGAACAUCCGGCUUGACAUUUACAUCAAGAACUGCUUUAAAAGUCCUCACUACAUCACUCUCGCCGUGAACACCAGCCUCCUCAUCCCAUCCCAAGGCUGGACCACCAUCAAUAACGGCAUCGAAUACGAAAUGACAAAGCAGGGAGCACUGGAGGGCGAGAUCCCUAAUGUGAUCAUCGGUCCGUUCUACACCAACCUCGCCAUGAUCCUCGAGCGCCUCCACAUCCCUUAUGUCGUCACAGACUACAAGGGCUUUGACUGGAUCGACAUGAGCCGGGUGCAGGACACGACGCCAUGGGGUACACUGGUGGAGAUGAGGCCGCCAGCUCAGGAGCAGAACCUGGCGGUCGUCGACUUCUUCAUCAGUGAAAACAGCACAUCGGCCGUCAUGAUCAUGCCAGAGAGCGCCGCUGAUAACCAAGAGUGUCAGAAACCUUGCCAGCCAGAUGCUGGGGGUGGGCAUCUCCCUCAUCCCCUACACCCUGGACCCCCGCGGGCAGGAGGCGGAGAAGAUGGUGCAGGAGGUCCUUCGUAACGCGCAGCUCUUCCGCCAGAAACACUUGAUCGUCUGCAGUCCUCGAGAUGCGAGAGACCGGCUCAUCCACCUCGUGCUCAGAAUGGCCAGGCUGUUUGACCUGACCACCAGCGAGGAUCAGGUCAUCGUGAUCGUGGACCCUAGCUCGCACCUGCAGCCCAUGGCCAGUGUGACGGAGAAUGUACCGACUGGGUCUCUUCUCCGCUCGCUGUCGUCUGCUCGCCUUCCGGUACGUGGAGCCCAGCAAGGAGGAGGCCGAAGCCGACGCUGGCACAGCCACCGCCAAGGACGCCGCAACGGUCAUCAUCCUCGCCCUUCAGAACUACCUGCUCCAGCAAACCGAGCAAACUGACCGCUUCUCACCUGACAGGUUCAUCGAGCAGCUGCGGCAAGUAAAGUUGCAGCAUGGUCCUACAGGAGCUCUAGAGUUUAACUCCACAGGUCAGCGGAUUAACUACACGUUACAUCUGUACAAUCAUGGUGGACAAGACAUGUACACUAAGAUCGCCGAGUGGACGCCAGCAGGAGACAGCCCGGCCACGCGACUCAACCUCACGGACGAGGAGGACGAGGCCAACAAGAACUUGCAGUACGGCAUCUUCCCUGACCUCGUCAAGAUCGUCGUGGUGCUAGAGGAACCGUUCGUCAUGUUGCGCGACCACACGGCAGACAGCACAGAGCGCUACGAGGGCUUCACCAUAGACUUGCUGCGCCGCCUAGCGGAGGAACUCAAGUUUAAAUACGAGAUUUACGUCAGUCCAAGAAACGCUUACGGAAAUAACCCAGGUGAAUCAUGGGAUGGAAUGGUCGCAGAAAUUCUUGCUGGGAAUGCGGUGCUUGCAGCAGGAGCCAUUUCUAUUACCUCUAAGAGAGAAGAGGUGAUUGACUUCAGCCUGGGUGUCCUCAGAACAGGCGUCAACAUCCUGGUCAAGAAACCAACUGAAACACUCACCAUCUUCCAGUUCAUGAUGCCCUUCUCACUGGAGCUGUGGAUGGCCAUUGUGGGCGCCUCGGCAAUCGUGUCGCUGGUCUUCUUCUUGAUGGAUUACACCAACCACGACGAGCGCCGCUUCACGAUGAAGGAGACCAUCUGGUUCUGCGUAGGAACUCUGCUCAAGCGAGGAACAGACUUCGUACCAGCCCCCGUGUCACAGCGCAUUCUCACAGUCGGCUUCACCUUCUUUGUCCUCAUCACCGUCUCCACCUACACUGCCAACAUGGCGGCCUUCCUCACCACCAAAAACCUCGGUGAUUCUGUCGACUCUUUCGAGUCCCUGGCUGCCGACAAGGGGAUGAGUUGCGGGACUGUCAACAACUCGGCCACCAUGGCUUUCUUCCAGCAGAGCAGCAAACGCGUCUUCUCGACUCUGUGGGACAAGAUUACCAGCUCACAGGGCCUCGUCCCCAACGCUACCGAGGGCAGACGACGGGUCAUCCAAGGAGGGUACGCCUUUAUCUUCGACUACCUGAUCAACAGUUACUCCGAGCUCCGCUACUGCGACACCAUGUCCUUGGCAGCGACCAUUCUGAUCCAAGAACACGGCAUCGGCAUGAGAGCGGGGGCCCCCUUCAAGACCAACAUCAACAUCGUCUUGUUGCGCCUCAAGGAGGAGGGCUUCAUCCAGGAGUUGAAGAAAAAGUGGUGGGACGACAGACGCACGUGCGAUAGCCUUGACGACCAGAGCACGCGGUCCGAACAGAUGGAAUUCGGGUUGGAGCACAUGGCCGGGGUCUUCAUCGUCGGCCUCCUGGGGCUGGGGGUGGCUCUGGCCCUCUUCCUCUUCAAGAAGCUGUACUUCGUCGCACGACGCCAGAAGGAGGGCAGCGUGGACGGCGACCGCUCGUCUAACGGAGUCUUGGAGCCCAAGAACAGGGAGAAAGAGAAGUUGUGUCAGACCAACACCUCUUUCGUCUAACACCUUCGUCUAGUUGACAGGAAGAACUAAAGAUGUGAACUGCAUCACAGCCUCAUCAGUUUUGUUUGUUAUAACACUUUCCUUGAUGUAUUUUCCUGUUGAUCAUGACAAUCUUCAUCGACCAUCAUUGUCGGUUUUACCGCUUUUUUUUCCUCAGUACCUUUGUAUGUUCCUCUUGGUUAUUAUACUCGAUCGCCUUCUGCUCACUGUAAAUGUUUUUCAACCAAAACACUUUGUGGAGAUUUAAAUUUAAAUCUAAUUUAGACUGUUCAACUUAGAGUAACCCAAGACAAAGAUGGCUGUCGUUCGCUUAGACUAGAAAGAGGCCAUCUCGAGACGAACAAACCCAAGUCAUUUCAAAAUAACUCACUUCUCGACAAAGCCUUGAAGAAGCCUUUUUGUUUCUGCUUCAGCACAGAACAAGAGUUAGAUAUUUUGUCUGAUGUUUGUUAUGUUUACAACUCUCACCUCUCUGUUGUUAGAAGGUGUUAGGAAGAUGACUGGAACUUUGUACGAAUGUUAGGUCAUAUGUAGAAAAGGCCGCCAUUGUAAGCAUCUUGUCUUCUUGAUCCGCUUGUUGUGUAUUAUAAUAUGCCUUCAUGUGAUGGCUUACAUUAGAUGCGAACUUUCUGUUGCGUUCUUUGCACACACGAUGUCAACAUGCUCAGCAUCCAUUUAGGGUCGCGUCUGCCAUCUUCUGCUCCGCGAAGCCUUCUAAAAAUACAUUUUGUCGUCUGCUGAAGAACUACAAAGCGAAACGGCCAAACAAAGCUGCAGGUGGUUGGGGUUGGUGGUGUAUAGAGAGAUAAGGAAUGAGGAAACAUAAACCCCUGUAUUAAUCCAAAUAUAAAUCAAAGAGUGUUUGACAAUUUUAUAAAACAAGGUAGGAUCCCAUUCAACAAGAAAAACAAGAACGAUAAACAAGCUGACGACCUGACAAGUUGUUCCCCUUUCCCGUAGGGCGUAGGUGAUGUAUGAUUCGGUACUGACCACACCCAUACACGGCCCCGUGGAUCUUUACCCUUAUGCUAUACACUUAUAAAUAUGCUCUCAUAUAUGGCUGCAGGUUUUAAAAAUUAUUAUUAAACUUGUUUUGCUAAAGAAAUGUUGGAAAAAGCAAGCGAAAUACACGAUGGCAGCAUAUAUACAGACA